UCUCACUGGAGGAGAGAGAGAAAAAACGUCCGCUGGUGGAGCAAUACAAACUCAAGUAUCAUAUCCAAGGACCGCGCGGCACAGAAGACGGAGGAAGACACGCGAUAUGUCUCGCGGAUUCAGGUGUGUGUGGAUAUGGUCCAGGCAUUGUGCUCUCACAUCAUGGUCACUGGGUUAAACGUGGAUAUACACUGACAGACUUCCAACGCUCCUGCUCAACUGCCACGAGCGGAUAGUAUGCCCGCACAGCUGGCACCGUUCACGCGAUGUGGAAUAUGGCACGCGUAAAGAUGGGUUUCCUCGCAGUCCUCUGUCUCCCGACUUUAUUCUUCGACGUAUUCGUGCUGUCUCACAGUGGCAACAUCUACGAGAGGGCGGCAGUCCCGCGGGCCGUAUCCCGCUCCGUGGCCCGGAUGGAUGGCGACGUGAUUAUCGGUGCGCUCUUCUCCGUUCACCACCAACCGUCUGCUGAGAAAGUGGCCGAACGAAAGUGCGGGGAAGUCCGCGAGCAGUACGGCAUACAGAGAGUGGAAGCCAUGUUCCACACUUUAGACCGGAUCAACGCCGACCCCUAUUUGCUCCCCAACAUCAGCCUAGGCUGCGAAAUCCGAGACUCCUGCUGGCACUCCUCCGUGGCCUUGGAGCAAAGCAUCGAGUUCAUCCGGGAUUCUCUCAUCUCCAUCCGGGAUGACAAGGACGGGUCUAAGUGGUGCAUUGACGGGACACCAUCCACCCAGCCUCCACCCACUAAGAAGCCCAUUGCCGGGGUAAUUGGGCCGGGCUCCAGCUCCGUUGCCAUCCAGGUGCAGAAUCUCCUCCAGCUCUUCAACAUCCCGCAAAUUGCAUACUCUGCCACCAGCAUCGACCUAAGCGACAAGACCUUGUUUCAAUACUUCCUGCGAGUCGUGCCCUCUGACACACUGCAGGCCCGGGCCAUGCUCGAUAUAGUCCAACGGUACAACUGGACAUACGUGUCAGCGGUGCACACGGAAGGAAACUAUGGGGAGAGCGGUAUGGAGGCCUUCAAGGAGCUGGCGUCUCAGGAGGGCCUGUGCAUCGCCCACUCUGACAAGAUCUACAGCAACGCCGGGGAGAAGCACUUUGACCGGCUGCUCCGGAAGUUGCGGGAGCGCCUGCCCAAGGCCCGCGUGGUCGUGUGUUUCUGUGAGGGCAUGACCGUGCGCGGCCUCCUCAUGGCCAUGAGACGUCUCGGCGUAGCCGGGGAGUUCCUCCUCAUCGGCAGUGAUGGAUGGGCAGAUCGGGAUGAAGUGGUGGAGGGCUAUGAGCAGGAGGCUGAGGGUGGCAUCACCAUGAAGCUGCAGUCAGCGGAAGUCACGUCAUUCGACAAUUACUUCCUGAAACUUCGUCUGGACACCAACACCAGGAACCCCUGGUUCCCUGAGUUCUGGCAGUACCGCUUCCAGUGCCGCCUGCCAGGACACCCUCAAGAGAACAAAAACUACAAGAAAGUCUGUUCUGGUAACGAGAGUCUGCAUGAGAACUACGUCCAGGACAGUAAGAUGGGCUUCGUCAUCAACGCCAUCUACGCCAUGGCCCACGGCCUCCACGACAUGCACAGCGAGCUCUGCCCUGACCAGCCAGGACUGUGUGAGGCCAUGGAUCCUAUCGACGGCAGCAAGCUGCUAGGCUACCUACUGAAAACCUCCUUCAGAGGAGUGUCAGGGGAGGAGGUGUACUUUGAUGAGAAUGGGGAUACCCCUGGCAGGUAUGACAUCAUGAACCUGCAGAGCGUGGGGGACGGCUACGACUACCUACACGUGGGUUCCUGGCAUGAGGGAAAGCUGAGCAUCGAGGACUACAAGCUGUGGAUGAACAGCAGCGACAUGGUGCGCUCCGUCUGCAGCGAGCCCUGCACCAGGGGACAGAUCAAGGUGAUCAGGAAAGGAGAGGUGAGCUGCUGCUGGAUCUGUACAACCUGCAAGGACAACGAGUAUGUGCAGGAUGAGUUCACCUGCAAGGCUUGUGAGCUGGGCUGGUGGCCCGAUGAUCAGCUGGAAGUCUGCCAGCCGCUGCCUCUGAAAUACCUGGACUGGUCCGACGUGGAAUCCAUGGUGGCGGUGGCCUUCUCCUGCGUCGGCAUUCUCAUCACCUCCUUCGUCACCUUCAUCUUCAUCCUGUAUCGAGACACGCCCGUGGUCAAGUCCUCCAGCCGGGAGCUCUGCUACAUCAUCCUGGCGGGCAUCUUCAUGGGCUACAUCUGCCCCUUCACGCUGAUCGCCCGGCCCACCGUGUUCUCCUGCUACCUGCAGCGCCUCCUGGUCGGCCUGUCCUCCUCCAUGUGCUACUCCGCCCUGGUCACCAAGACCAACCGCAUCGCCCGCAUCCUGGCCGGCAGCAAGAAGAAGAUCUGCACCAAAAAGCCCAAGUUCAUGAGUGCCUGGGCCCAGGUAGUGAUUGCCUUCGUGCUGAUCAGUUUCCAGCUCUCCCUGGAGGUCACCCUGAUCAUCCUGGAGACCCCCAUGCCCGUCAAGUCGUACCCCAGCAUCAGCGAGGUCUACCUCAUCUGCAACACCAGCACCGUGGGCAUGGUGGCUCCGCUGGGCUACAACGGCCUGCUCAUCAUGAGCUGCACCUAUUACGCCUUCAAGACCCGCAACGUCCCGGCCAACUUCAACGAGGCCAAGUACAUCGCCUUCACCAUGUACACCACCUGCAUCAUCUGGCUGGCCUUCGUGCCCAUCUACUUCGGCUCCAACUACAAGAUCAUCACCACCUCCUUCUCCGUCAGUCUGAGCGUCACCGUGGCGCUGGGCUGCAUGUUCACGCCCAAGAUGUACAUCAUCAUCGCCAAGCCGGAGAGGAACGUCCGGAGCGCCUUCACCACGUCUGACGUGGUGCGCAUGCACGUCGGCGACGGGAAGGCGGCGUGUGGGAGCAACAGCCUGCUCAACAUGUUCCGCCGGAAAAAGACCAGCUCCGGCAGUGCCAAUUCUAAUGGCAAGUCUGUGUCAUGGUCUGAAUCAGGUGCAAGACACCCUCCGAGGGGGGGGAAUGUGUGGCACAGACUGUCUGUGCAUGUGAGGAAACAGGAAGCCGGCUCGAAUCAGAUGGCGGUCAUCCGGCCCCUAACUAACGCACCCGACCCCCACAGCUGCAAACCCGUCACCCCCGGCCCUGGCACAGACCCCCACCCCCCACACCAACCCAGCACCAAGGCUCUGUACAACCUGGCGGAGGAGGAGGAGGGAGAUGCGGCCCACCGCCCUCUCUGGACUCCUCCCCCCUGCUCUGGACAUCUCCACGGGCAGGACUCUAACAGGUCGCCCUCUUAUUCCCCCCCCGCCCACGCAUCGGGCUGUGCCGCCGUGCGCCCGCGGGGGGGCGCGGUGGACACGCACACCUCAAAUGUCCCCCGAAUGAAUGACGCCAUGGAGGCAGCUAACCUCGUCGCCACCCACCAGCCACUGAGCCUCUCCCCCUCCCAGCUGCAAGAGAGGGCCUUCGGAGGAGAGGGGCUGUUGUUGCCCCAUGAGGGGCUGGAGAGCGAUGAGUUGGACCUCCUGCACAGCUACAUGUAUGACGCCAAGGAGGCGGAGGAGGACGAGGAGGACGAGGAGGACGAGGAGGACGUGGAGAAUCGGACUCAGAGUAAGCUGACUCUGGAGGACUCCCUGGCUCUGACUCCCCCUUCCCCUUUCCGAGACUCUCUGUGCUUGGGUGGGUCAGGGUCCGGAUCCCCCAUCUCUGAGUCUGUCCUCUGCAGCUCCCCCAGCUCUGCCUACGCCUCGGUCGUCCUCCGGGAUUUCAGACAGAGCUCCUCCACACUGUGAGAGCCUCCUGGACACUGGCAUUAACAAGAUCAAACAAACACAGCUUGUACACCCGGCAUAUUUUACUCACACCCACACACCUACAUGCAUACUUACACACAUAUACAUACACACACACACACUUGUAUGCAUAUAUGUAUAUGUAUAUAUACACAUAUACACACAAUGCAUAAUUACAUGCACAUACAACUUAAAAGCAUCUCAUUAUAUGUCUUUACUAGUUAUAUGUUUGUAUUUUGUCUGUCAUUUGCUUGCUUUGUUAGACUUUGCGGUCAGAGAGCAAUCAGAGUGAAAGAAAAAGAAAGAAAAAAAGCUGUUGUAUUGUUCAGGAACAAUUAUGUAUCUCAACGGUGGUAAUUCACCCCAGCACUCCUGUGAACUUUCAGACUGGGAGAACUCUUGCUGUGCCAAAUGGAUUGAGCAAAGCUGGGAAACACAGCUGUAGCUAUCGUUUUCCUUUUAUUGUGCAUUUGAAUAGCCAGUAUGCUACGGUGUAAAUGGAGAAAAGCCAAACUGCUGUCUAAAUGAAGUACUGGGGCUUGUUUAGUGAUUUGGAAAAGAUGAAGGGCCCAAGCUGAUUGAGGACCACAGCCCACAAUGCAUUGCGUGCUUGGACCAAUCAGCUUUGCACAAGCUCUAAAUACCGUACCUGUAUUACAGUUCAGGUCACGUGUGUAGCAGGCACAUCCCCCCCCCCCCCCCCAUGUUAUUUUUUCCCCCUUAUUCUGAGACUUAGACAAUAAUAAGACAUGCUUACCUUUGCUUUCAUCUCUUACCCAUUUAUACUACUGGCCUCUUUGCUAUUUAUACAUACAGUAUGAUCUGCCAGAAAGAGAAAUUAAGUUGUUUUAAGAUAAGAAGAGUGCAGUACAUUGAGGUUACUUAUUAAUCAAUUGUCGAUGCAGUAUUACAGAAUGUGUGUCUGAGUUUACCGUAAACCCACUUUGUGUUCAGUUGGCACCAUUGGAUAUUUGCGCUGUGUGGAUCCUGGUGUUCCAAUCAAAGUUGUUUCCAGAUUUUUCUGCAUUCAUGUUUACAUUAUGUAGCUGCUCUCUAUAGAGACUGAUCACACCUCUUCUUGAGCUUGAAAUGAUGUGGGCUUGAUUGUAGGCAACGGUAAUUUUGUUUACCACAUUCACAUACAAAUACUAUGCCCCAUGGGGCAUGCUGGGUUAGAAUGGGCUGCUAAGAGGAUGAGGCUCUGUUUUGCAUACAGUAUGUGAUUUAUUUUCUUUUUUGGGGGGGUUGCUGUGUCAUUGUACUGGGACUAUACUUGUAAAAGUUCUCAAAGUUUGUAAUACUGUUGAACCAUCUCUUGUUUUUUCACAUGGAUGGUAUGUUUGUAAUAUCAGUAAAUGUUUAUAUUUAGAAUGUGAAACAAAUAUUUAUACGUUUUGAAACGGUCUUACAGAUAUGCUUGUGACAGAGCUGUGUGUUGACAUUGAUUUGGGUAACUUUUCAGAUAAAAUCAUAAAGUCAUCCGUAUUCUCUUUUAAAUAUUCAGUUGUAAAGAUAAACCAAUGGGUAGUUGCUUCUUGUGACGCGAUUAUGAGCUUCAAUCUGCUUAGAUCUUGUAUUAUAAAUUGCAGUUGUAUCAGUUUUCUUGAUCAUAAGUUUCUUAGUACUUUAAUAAUAAGAAUGCAACUUUCCAAAGUACAAAACAUGAAUAUACAGUCCAUAUAGUAUUAUAUUGUAAUUGUCAUUACAAAAAUGUUAUUUAGUAUAUUAAUGUAAAUUGUUUCAAGACUAUAAUCUUUAUGUAAAGUAAUUAAACAAGUCACCAGUUUUACACUGUCAACGCUAGAAUGAGAUAGGUCUACUGUAGGCUACAUGUUUUGGCAAGCUGAACAAUGCUGUAAAAUAAAAAAACAUUUUAUAGUAAGAUUACAUUCGAUUCCACGAGUCCAUGCUGUAACGAUUAAACUAAUGCAUUGG